CCCACGUGUUCUUGCCCCCCUUGUUUGUCUCCUUCGGUUUGUUCCAUCAUAGCUUCACUAUCUUUCUAGGUUUUCGAUCUGUUUGUGCUCUGCUCACUUGGAUUCUCUUGAACAUAAUGUCUCUUUUCUCCCCAUUUUAUUUUGUUUCGGAUUUGGUGGGGUCUGGGCUGGUAUUCGAAUGAGUGGGUUACUGAUAAAUAUUUGAGACAUUUGAGUUUUGGUAUGAAGUUUCGUAUUGGGAUAUUAGAAUGUGGAAACUGAGCGAUAUGGGCGGUGGACUUCCUGGUUUUUGUAAAGUAUGUUGUUGUCUCUGUUGAGUAGGCGGUCGUUGGAGGUUGAUUCCAGGGACGCCUAUGGAUUUGCAUUGAGACCUCAACACCUUCAAAGAUAUAGAGAGUGCUGUGAAAUAUACAAGGAGGAGGAAGAGGAGAGGACACAUAAAUGGAAGCAAUUCCUUGAACAGCAAAAGGAGUCUUCUCUAGUUUGUGCUUUUGUGGAGGAAUAUAACAACACUUUGCUUACUGAAAUUACACGGGAGGAAGCAGAGUAUGUUCCAGGGAGGGGUGGGGAAGGGAAUGUGUCAAGUAGCAAGAAGUCUGUUUCUGAUGGUUCAACAGAAAGUGACCAACAAAAGGAGGUGUUGGUGGAAAAAGAAACAAAAGCUGGUAAGGUCCGAAAAUGGGCUCGGAUUCGAUUGUCCCUUAGUGCCAUCGAGAGUACAAUGAGUUUACGCAUUAAGGAGAGAAAGAAUAUGAAAGAUGAGCAUAUAGGUCGAAAUCAUCUUCCAUCCAUUGAAGAGGACUUUGAGGAAGUGCUCUCUUUUAAUUCGAUAUCAGAUGACAGUGGGAAUGAAUCCUUGGAAGCAAGUGCUGCUGCUAAUGGGAUCUCACCAGAACCUUUCUUUCCUUGGAAAGAAGAACUAGUGUGCCUUGUUCGUGGGGGACUGCCAAAGUCUCUCAGGGGAGAGGUAUGGCAAGCAUUUGUUGGUGCAAGAAAACGCCGUAUGGAGAGAUAUUACCAGAAUUUGAUAGCUUCAGAAACUAAUGCUGGUGAGGGCAAGGAUUAUGGUAGCUCUUUAUCAGUCAAUGGCAGUAAGCAGCCCAAUGCAGAUCAUGCCAUACCUGAGAAAUGGAGAAGGCAGAUUGAGAAGGAUUUGCCUCGAACAUUCCCAGGCCAUCCUGCUCUAGACGAGGUUGGUAGAGAUUCCUUAAGGCGUUUGCUUUUAGCGUAUGCUCAACAUAACCCCUCUGUCGGGUAUUGUCAGGCAAUGAAUUUCUUUGCUGGAUUGUUGCUACUUCUGAUGCCUGAGGAAAAUGCAUUUUGGACUUUGGUGGGUAUUCUUGAUGAUUAUUUUGAUGGCUACUAUUCAGAGGAAAUGAUAGAAUCUCAGGUUGACCAACUUGUUUUUGAGGAGUUGAUGCGUGAAAGAUUUCCUAAAUUAGUUAGUCAUCUGGAUUGCUUAGGAGUGCAGGUGGCCUGGAUCUCUGGACCUUGGUUUCUUUCCAUUUUUGUGAAUAUUAUUCCAUGGGAAAGUGUUCUUCGAGUUUGGGAUGUGCUUCUAUUUGAAGGAAACCGUGUUAUGCUAUUUCGGACAGCACUUGCUUUGAUGGAGUUAUACGGUCAUGCACUAGUUACAACGAAGGAUGCUGGAGAUGCAAUCACUUUGUUGCAAUCUUUUGCCGGCUCAACGUUUGAUAGUAGUCAGCUUGUUUUGACUGCUUGCAUGGGCUACCUGGCUGUAACUGAAGCUAGACUGCAAGAGUUGAGGAAAAAGCAUCGACCAGCUGUACUGGGAGUCAUUGAAGAAAGAUCAAAGGAGGGCCGUGUUUGGAAGGAUUCCAAGGGUCUUGCAUCUAAGCUAUAUAGUUUCAAGCAUGAUCCUGGAUCAUUGAUAAAAGAAACAAAUACAGAAGGGUCAGGUGAUAAUCUUACAGAUGGGGAUCAGUCUCCUUCCGCUAAUCUGGAUGUCUUUCUUAAAGGCUUAUCUGUCAAUUCAGAAGGAGAUUCCGUUCCAGACCUUCAAGAACAGGUGGUUUGGCUGAAGGUUGAAUUAUGCAGGCUGCUGGAGGAGAAAAGAUCUGCUACACUCAGAGCUGAGGAGCUAGAGACAGCUUUAAUGGAGAUGGUCAUGCAAGACAAUCGACGGCAAUUGAGUGCAAAGGUUGAGCAGUUGGAGAAAGAGGUAACUGGCCUACGACAACUCCUUACUGAUAAGCAAGAACAAGAAAAAGUGAUGCUGCAGGUCUUAAUGCGGGUGGAACAAGAACAGAGGGUCACUGAAGAUGCUCGUGUUUCUGCUGAGCAAGAUGCAGCUGCUCAGAGAUAUGUAGUUAACGUGCUUCAGGAAAAAUAUGAAAAGGCUACAGCUUCUCUUGCUCAGAUGGAAGAGAGGGUGGUUAUGGCAGAAACAAUGUUAGAGGCUACCUUGCAGUACCAAUCUGGUCAAGUUAAAGCACUAUCAUCUCCACGCUCUGCGCAGGCUAAUCAAGACUCUGCACAAAAUUCAUCUAUGAGAAGGAUAAGUCUGCUCUCUAGGCCAUUUGGACUUGGUUGGCGGGAUAGGAACAAGUUGGAUGUAGCAGGGGAAACCUACUAAUGUUGAGGAGUCCAGUGAAAGUAAAUCCACCCAUGAAGAGGAGGUUCCAAACAUUUUGCAUAAAGAGACUAAUGGCAGCCAAUAGCAGAGGACAAAUAGGGAGAAUGGAGAAGCAUGUCUCUGCCUCGCUAGAGUCCUCAAAAUUGAGCCUGCCCUGCUGCCUAAGUACACAUUUUGUUGUGUUGUUCAAGUAUAUUGCUGCCUAGUUUUGCCCUUGUAUUAUUUAUUAUGCUUGGGGGCUUUCGGCAAUUGAUUUUGUAUCAAUGUUAAGUUGAGAAGCUACAUUGAUACAUGUCCUUCCUAGACAAUCUAAUGUAAAGCAUCGAUUAUUUUUUGCUAAUUAAUUCAUUAUAGCUGGCAGUUGGACCUUUUACU